AUGAAUAUUAGGUAUCAGUCUUUAAGAUCCAACAAUGCUAUCGAUAGCCAAUCAAUGAAUGAUCGAGGGAGGGAUAGAGGAGGUAUAAAAUUAAAAUCAAUUGACCAUCAUAAUAAUAAUAAUAAUCAUAAAAGUGAAAAAGAGAUAAAUGAAGAAUUAAUAGAAAGACAAAAGAAUAGAAUACCAUCUGAUGAUUUUUUAAAUGGAAUACAUCAACCAUUUAAUAUUGUCCCCUUUUUCCAUCGAGCUUAUAAAUAUCAGAAUAAUAAUAUUAAUAAUAAUAAUAAUAAUAAUAAUAAUAAUCGACAUGAACAAUCAGAUGAUAAAACAACAACAACAACAACAACAAAUACAAUUUCAACAACGAUGGUAACAAUAGUUACACAGGCAACAGUUGAUAGAAUUGAAAGAGUAGUUGCAAUGGCUAAAAAAUGGAAAGGUCCAAUUUCAACGGCGGUCUUUAUCAAAAAUCCAAAGGAUAUUCCACAGUUGAAAAAAUUGUUAAGAAAACAUUGGAUAUUGGCUGAAUAUGUAGAUAUACACUUGUUGUAUGCCAAUCACACUAGAUAUCCUGUCAAUAACCUAAGGAACCUAUCCAUUAAAUAUGCACAAUCAGAUUAUGUUUUAUUGAUGGAUGCCGACUUUGUUCCACACCUUGGAAUGAAUGAAUAUGUUAGUGCUCAAAUUGAAACUCUUCUCCAACAACAACAACAACAACAACAAAACAAACAUCCACUAUCAUCACACGAACAACAACAACAAGAAGAGAAAAUAGCAUUUGUAGUACCAUCAUUUGCAAGUUCAGAAAAUCCAAAUCAUUUACCAAAUGAUAAACAAUCAUUAUUAAAAAUGAUUAAAGAAAAUAAGGUUUAUCCUACAAAUUUAAAUGUUUGUCCAAAAUGUCAUACACCAACCAAUUAUAGUAGAUGGUAUGAAACCGAUGAUUUAUACCAAGUAGAGUAUAGAUGGAUUUAUGAGCCAUACUUGAUAUUUAAUCGAUCGACUUGUUUAGCAUUCGAUGAGAGAUUAAAAGGCUACGGGUUUGACAAAAACUCGCAAGUAUUUACCAUGGCUGCACAAGGAUUUAAAUUUAUGGUGUUGCAAGCUUUUAUCAUUCACAUUAACCAUCCCGCCGCAUCUUGGGAAGGUCCAUCACUCGACGAACAACAAUGGGAUAGUCUUCGAAUAGUACCAAUCACUGAUGUUACAAACAAUACAGAAUAA